AUGUCGAACAGCAAUGUUCGGCCGCUGAGGACAUCAUUUAUGUUGGCUAUGGUGGUAUUUUAUCUGAUAUGGUCGUUGUUUGCUCUGGAUAUGCCUAGUUUCUCUUCACAGAUUUCAAAGGAUGGAGUUCAACAAGUGAUCACAGAAGCACAGAAUAACGCAGCUAAAGCAGAUGUUGGUUCGACGACAGGAACUUCCUCUGGCGAGAACACAGGUGUUCUUACUACCAUUCCAUCAGCCAAGGGGGAAUCAAGCAAAAGCAAAGCUCACGACCGUCCACUCAUUCUAUACACCUAUGCCGACUCCAAGGACGGCAGUGCGCUCGAAAAUCUCAAAUUCUUCGUUGCUCAUGGUCUUCACGCUGCAGCUGAUUUCGUUUUUAUCUUGAAUGGAAAGACGAAAGCCGAGGAUAUCGUCCCAGACAGGGAAAAUGUCCGCAUAGUUCAGCGACCAAAUGAGUGCUACGAUCUGGGAGCUUUUUCUGAGGUUUUGCAGAAGGAUGAUCUGUACAAGAGAUACAAGCGCUUCAUUACCAUGAAUGCAAGUAUACGCGGGCCUUUCGUCCCAUACUGGUCCGAAGACUGCUGGACAGACAUGUUCCUCAGCAAGAUCACCGACGAAGUCAAGCUCGUUGGAAUGACCGCAAACUGCUGGCCCACCUUCCACAUCCAAUCCAUGAUCUGGGCCACCGAUCUCAUCGGCAUCGAAACUCUCCUCUUCCCACCCCAAAAAGCCCUCGACUACCUCUCCACCCACCCAAUCACCCUCCCCCCAGCCAAAAUAAAGACGGAGAACCCCGCCGCCAGCAGCAGCACCAACAGCAGCUCCCCGGAAGCCACACCCGUACCCCAAGCACCUGGCAUCAACGGCUGUUUUGCAGAUUGGGACGCCGCCGUCGCAGCGGAGGUCUCCUCUACGAGCCUGAUCCGCGCGGCGGGGUACAAGGUCGAGGCGAUGAUGAGCGCGUACCAUGGGAAUGCGGAGUAUGAGGAGGGGAAGUCAUGCAGCGAAAACAGGGAUGUGUUGUGGGAGGGGGGGUAUUUUGGGAUUAGUGUGCAUCCGUUUGAGACGGUGUUUAUUAAGGCGAAUAGGGAUUUGAGCCAGUUGGUGUUGAAGAGGUAUACGCAGUGGGUGGAUCAGAUGAAGUAUAGUAGUUAUGAUUAUUGUCGGGUGUAG